CUCGUCCUCUUCAAGAUCCAGGGAAACAAAACCCUAGAAAAGCGCUAAGCGAGGUGAGAGAACCGAACGCAGGAGAGGAAGAGACCGGAGCCACUCUCUCUGUCACUUCACUUACUCGCGAUCGAAAUCCAUACUAAGUGCUUUGAUUGCUAUUUGGACUUCAGGAAAGUGUAGUGAUGGCAGUAACGGUUGAGCAAGCAGCAGCACCAACGGUUGAGCAAGCAGCAGCACCAACAGUUGAGCAAGCAGCAGCACCAACUGCUGAUGUGGUGGGGAACGCCUUUGUUAACCAGUAUUACCUUAUCUUGCAUCAAUCACCCGAGCUUGUCCAUCGAUUUUACCAUGAUAUUAGUAAGCUUGGUCGUCCUGGAGGAGACGGUGCGAUGAGUUUGACAACCACUAUGCAAGCUAUUGAUGGGAAAAUACUCUCCCUUGACUAUAAAGGGAUAAAGGCUGAAAUUAUAACGGUGGACGCCCAGGAAUCUUACAAUGGGGGAGUCCUUGUCCUCGUGAAUGGAUUUUUAACUGGAAAAGACAGCAUAAGGCGGAAAUUUACUCAGAGUUUCUUCUUGGCUCCUCAAGACAAAGGCUACUUUGUCUUGAAUGAUGUAUUCAGAUAUGUUGAUGAUGAACAACAACAGCAGGGAAAUCAAGCAUCUGUUUACUCUGUUGAAGCUCCACUUAUUCCUAGCCAGGAUCCUUCUCCGGUACAGGAAAAUCACAUUACUGAGCAUACAGCUGUUUUACCAGAGGAAAUCAACAGCGGGGAAUUGUACAGUCCCUCUGAGAAUGGUGAUGGUACAGUGGAAGAAGAGGAGGCCCCCCUGCCUGAGGUGGUUGAUGAAGUUCCUGAUGAUUCGCAGGUUGUAGCUGUUGAAUCUAUUCCUAUAAUCGAGGAACUGCCCAAGAAAUCUUAUGCUUCAAUUUUGAAGGUAAUGAAGGAAGGUGCUCCAUCUUUGUCCACUUUUACACCAGCUCCUUCAAGGUCUCUUCAGAAGAGCCAAGAACGACGUAUAAUUUCUCCACCACCUCCACCCCCAGUGUUGGAGACACCUAUUUCCAGCUCUGACUAUGUGAAUAACCAAGAGGGUGAAGAUGAGGGUCCCUCUAUCUACAUUAAAAGUUUGCCCUUGAAUGCCACACCUGCCCUACUUGAGAAUGAGUUCAAGAAGUUUGGACCUAUUAAGAGUGGUGGUAUCCAAGUUAGAAGCCAAAAGGGCUUUUGUUUCGGCUUUGUGGAAUUCGAAAAUGCAAAUGCUGUUCAAAGUGCAAUAGAGGCAUCACCCAUCAUGAUUGGUGGGCGUCGAGUUGUUGUUGAGGAGAAGAGGUCUAAAGGGGUCAACCGGGGGCGGUCAUCAGGGGCUGGAUAUAGGAAUGAGGGGGUGAGAGGACGUGGAAACUACAAUGGGAGCAGAGGUUACGGUCGCAAUGACUCCUUCAAUAAUAGGAAUGAGUUUGGCAACAGGAGUGGAAGUCGAGGAGGAUUCUCAAACGGGGGUGAAAAUGGAUAUCAAAGGACUGAUAGCAAUGGUGGUCGUGCUAACCGAGCUGGUGGGUUGACGCUUAAUGCGGCUGUCAAGAGUUCUGCCCCGCACGUAUCUGCUUCUGCUUGAGGAACCAUGGGAUUGAAGGCAUUAGAGAGUAGUUGAAUUAGGCUUCUGUUUGUAGUUUAGUGAUUUUGUCAAAUUGGUUGGAUAGCAUGAAGAGGGAGAGUUCACAUUUGUGGAUGAGAUGCCAGAAAUUUUCGUCAGGAAUUUCGCUUGGGUCGUUCUCCGCCUUCUUUUUGUUUAUGAAUGAAUUUUUUGGUGAAAAUUAAUAUCUAAUAUCUGUUUGGCAGUGUGUUUGCACUGCGUUCAGGUGCAUCUCACCUCA